AUGAAUAUAAUUGAUGAGAAGAAGAAGGAUGGUGAUAAUAGCAGCAUCGAAGCCGAGAAUCCAGCUUCGGCCGCCUUACCCGACGACCAAUAUCCACAUGGCUUCCGGCUAUGGCUCCUUUCGGGCGCAUCCAUCAUUGCUGUUUUCCUGAUAGCCCUGGACCAGACCAUUGUUGGCACAGCGAUUCCCAAAAUCACAGACGAGUUUCACGGCCUCAACGACGUAUCUUGGUAUGCUGCGGCUUACUUCAUGACUUUCGGUGCCGGGCAGACCCCUGCCGGCAAGAUAUACAAAUACUUCAACCUCAAAUGGACAUUCUUAGUAUCUAUGCUUCUUUUCGAAGUUGGCAGCUUGGUUUGUGCGGUCGCGCCUAACUCAAAGACCCUCAUCGUCGGACGUGCCAUCGCAGGCCUCGGUGGUGCCGGUCUCUCAGUCGGUGGUGCUAGUAUCAUUUCUUUUACCGUCCCGCCAACCAAACGUCCGUUGAUGAUGGGUAUUAUUGGCAUGACGUACUGCAUUGCAGGUGUAUGUGGGCCUCUUCUCGGUGGUGUUUUCACUGACCGCGUCUCUUGGCGGUGGUGCUUCUAUAUCAACCUACCCAUCGGAGGAGCUGCCGCCGUGGUCGUCUUGUUUUUCUUCUAUCUUCCAGCUGCCGCCGCACCUCCAGGUAUCCCUUUGAAACAAAAGCUGCUGCACAUCGACCCAGUCGGCUUUGCUCUGGUUAUGGGAGAGAUCACCAGCUUCAUUCUCGCCCUACAGUACGCUGGUGUCUCUCACGCAUGGAACAGCAGCACAGUUAUCGGACUUCUUGUAGGGUUCGGACUCUUAACGAUCGCCAUACUUGCAUGGGAAAUAUGGUUGGGUGAAUACGCUAUGAUGCUGCCGCGUCUCUACAAGCAGCGAUCCCUCUCAACCUCAGCACCCUUCCAAUUCUUCUUUAUGGGCAGCUACAUUGUCCUCCUGUACUACCUUCCGCUCUACUUCCAAAGUAUCCAGGGCUCGAGUCCCAUCAGGUCCGGCGUUCAAAACCUUCCCCUCAUGCUCGCGGCUGCUGUGUUUGCACUCGCCGGUGGAUUCGUUGUGGCUAGUACCGGCCGCGCACAGCAGGUUAUGUUUGGCGGCUCCAUGAUUACCACUGUGGCUGUUGGUCUUCUGUACACUUUCGACGUUGGCACGCCAAUGAGCAAGUGGGUUGGCUAUCAGUUUUUCACUGGUGCGGCUAUGGCUUUUGCCAUUAUGCACGGGCUAAGUGUUGUUCAGGCUUACGUCGGCAACGAGGACAUUGCAGCCGUUACAGCUAACCUUAUGUUUUUCCAAACAGUCGGCGGAGCAUUCAGCACUGCGGCAGGCCAAUCCGCCUUUGUCAACAGGUUAAUCGCCACCUUGCCCAAGACCGCCCCAGGUAUAGACCCAGCGUUAGUUAUCGCUACAGGCGCCUCAGAGUUGCACAAAGUAUUCCCGCCAGACGUCCUGCCAGGCGUUCUGCAAGCGUAUAUGGUUGGACUUAAGGCUGCCUUUGCAGUGGCCAUUGCCUUUUCUGGUAUUGCAUUUGUUGUAUCUAUAUUCAUUCCAAUUCGUAAGCUUCCAACCCACACAAAUGAGGAUGCACCUAUGGCUAUAGGAUAA